GCUCCUCGGCCUCCCGGCGCCAUGUCCCGCCCGGUCCCGCGCCCAGGACCGGCCGGGCCCAGCCGCCGCCACCUUCUCCUCCCGCCGAUGUUGUUGCCCCUCGUCCUGCUCCUGCGGGGGCCGGCCGGGGCCGGGGGCCGGGCCAGCCCCGGGGCCCUGGAGGACGUGGUCAUCGACCGCUACUUCGUGCCCAAGCUCUGCCCCCGCGAGGUUCAGAUCGGAGACUUUAUCCGCUAUCACUACAACGGCUCCUUCCAGGACGGCCGCCAGUUCGACUCCAGCUAUGACCGCGGGGCCACAGUGGCUGGCGUGGUGGGCGUGGGCCGGCUGAUCACCGGCAUGGAUCGGGGGCUGCAGGGCAUGUGUGUCAACGAGCGUCGCCACCUGAUCGUGCCUCCGCACCUCGGCUACGGAAGCAUCGGCGUUGCUGGGCUGAUCCCGCCGGACGCAACGCUGUACUUUGACGUGAUCCUGCUGGACAUCUGGAACAAGGAGGACAAGCCCCAGGUCACCACGCUGUUCCGGCCGCCCAGCUGCAACCGCACCGUCCAGGACUCCGACUUUGUCCGCUACCACUACAACGGGACACUGCUGGAUGGCACCCACUUCGACUCCAGCUACAGUAAGGGGAGCACGUAUGACACCUACAUCGGCUCCGGCUGGCUCAUCAAGGGCAUGGACCAGGGGCUGUUGGGCACCUGCGCGGGCGAACGGCGGAAGAUAAUCAUCCCCCCAUUCCUGGCGUAUGGAGAGAAAGGCUAUGGGACAGCGAUCCCCCCACAGGCCUCGCUCGUAUUCCACGUCCUGCUGGUCGACCUCCACAACCCCAAGGAUGGGGUGCAGCUGGAGACGCUGGUGCAGCCCCCUGAAUGUGGGCGCACGGCUGUAGCGGGCGACUUCAUCCGCUACCACUACAACGGCUCCCUCCUGGAUGGCACGCUCUUCGACUCCAGCUACUCACGCAACCACACGUACAACACGUACAUCGGGCAGGGCUACAUCAUCCCGGGCAUGGACCAGGGCCUGCAGGGAGUGUGCAUCGGGGAGAAGAGGCGAAUCACUGUGCCCCCACACCUGGCCUACGGAGAGAACGGGGCAGGCGACAAGAUCCCGGGCUCAGCUGUCCUCGUCUUCGACGUCCACGUCAUCGACUUCCACAACCCCGCGGACCCGGUGGAGGUGCAGACCCUGGUCCGGCCCGAGAGCUGCAAUGAGACCUCCAGGCUGAGGGAUUAUGUACGCUAUCACUAUAACUGCUCCCUGAUGGAUGGCACCCGGCUCUUUUCUUCACAUGACUACGGGCAGCCCCAGGAGGCGACGCUGGGGGCCAACACGGUGAUCGAAGGGCUGAACACGGGGCUGCAGGGCAUGUGCGUGGGGGAACAGCGGCGCCUUGUCAUCCCCCCGCACCUGGGCCACGGCGAGCACGGCGCCCGGGGCGUUCCCGGUAGCGCCGUGCUGCUGUUCGAGGUGGAAUUGGUGACAUUGGAGGAAGGGCUCCCAGAGGGCUACCUGUUUGUCUGGCACGGGGACCCUCCCGGCAGCCUCUACCAGGACAUGGACCGAGACCAGGAUGGCCAGAUCCCUCUGGAGGAGUUCUCCACAUUCAUCAAGGCUCAGGUGGCAGAGGGCAAGGGGCGCCUCCUACCAGGGCAGGACCCGGACAAGACCAUCGGCGACAUGUUCCGCAACCAGGACCGCAACCAGGACGGCACGAUCACCAGCGCGGAGCUGAAGCUCAAAUCGGAUGAGGACCAGGAGAGGACCCACGAGGAGCUCUGAUAGGGGAGCGCGGGCAACGGCGGCUGGGGAAUGACCGUGCAGCUGGCUGCCGGCCCGGGGGUAGGGCAGUCCCAGCCGGGCCACAAGAGAAUGCUGCGUUUCCCCAGUCUGGGGGCUGGUAUUUAUCUGUAAGGCUGUCUUAUGGACCAUUAGAGUUUUCAUUCCAGCAAGGGUCCGAACCCAGUGAGCCCACCCCCAUCUCCUUUUCUCAAGCGGUUUAAGAGAGAGAUGGAGCAGGAAGUGUUCUGGGGGAAGAGAAGAAUGACUGGCAGCUCCCCUACCCGAGACCCCUUACCAAAUGCCUCCCACUCAGCAUCCCCCCACCUCCCAGCCCGGUUGCCACUCAUCUACCUCCUGGGGCCAUGCACUGCCCCGUCCAGCCUCUGGCCCAGUUCAGGCCGGCCCUUGGGUGGGCUUGGGCCCAGGGAUGCUCUGAGCUGGGGGGGAUAGUGCAGGGACGGCAGGGUAUUAUUUAAACAGCAACAGCAGCCCCGUCUGCCCGCCCUGGGCCUGGCAGCUGAGCAGGCCCAGGGGCCAGGGCAGAGACCCUCCCAAAUUUGGGUGGGUGGCUCGGUCUUGUUGAUCCUGAGGGGGAGGGAGGGAGAUGCUGCUCCAGAGGGAAGAGCCCGGCAGGCGCCUGCCACUCUUCACCCCAAAUAAACAAGCGAACCUUCA